AUGACGGCCGCCGUGAGCCUGUGGGGACAACAGGUGUGGGCGCUGUGCCAGUCCGGCUGGGCCCGCGCAGCUCAUUGCCUGCUGGGGCCAAAUGGCAAAGGAGCAUGGCCCCCAGCCCGGGGCUGCCUGGCUGCUGGCCUGCGUCUGGGGCGAUCUGACGGGCCCCUCCCGCCCCUGCUGCCUCCAGCUUCGCGCCCACAGUGCCUUGACCUGCCCCGCCGGUUGGAAACCCUGCUUGCGAAGUUAGGUGACGAUUUCUACCUGGCAAGAGGCCAGUUCACCUGGGGCGAGGGGCCCUGGAUUUGUUUGUUGUUAAAAUGGUUUAGGUGUUUGAGGGUGUUCAUUUUCUGUUUCCUCCAGAACCGUGCCCGGAAAAAAAGACUGAAUAUCAUAAUUGUGGCUGAGGGAGCCAUAGAUACCCAAAAUAAACCUAUUACCUCUGAGCAAAUCAAGGAGCUCGUGGUCAAGCAGCUGGGAUACGACACGCGGGUGACCAUCCUUGGACACGUGCAGAGAGGUGGGACUCCUUCGGCCUUUGACAGGAUUUUGGCUAGUCGCAUGGGGGUGGAGGCCGUGGUCGCCCUUCUCCAGGCCACCCCGGAGACCCCGGCCUGCGUGGUGUCGCUGAGCGGGAACCAGGCUGUGCGCUUGCCGCUGGUGGAGUGCGUGCAGAUGACCCAGGACGUGCAGAGGGCCAUGGACGAGAGGAGAUUUAAGGACGCCGUGCGGCUCCGCGGGAGGAGCUUCGAGAGCAAUCUGAACACCUACAAGCGGCUCGCCAUCAAGUUGCCGGAUGAUCAGAUCGUGAAGAGCAACUGUACCGUGGCCAUCAUCAACGUGGGGGCGCCCGCCGCUGGGAUGAAUGCCGCCGUGCGCUCGGCCGUGCGCGUGGGCAUCUCAGACGGGCACAAGAUGCUCGCCAUCUACGACGGCUUUGAGGGUUUCGCCAAAGGCCAGAUAAAGGAGAUCGGCUGGGGGGAUGUCGGAGGUUGGACUGGCCAAGGAGGCUCCAUUCUCGGGACCAAACGCACGCUGCCUGGGAAGUCUUUGGAGGACAUUGCCAUACAGAUGCGAAAGCACAGCAUCAACGCGCUGUUGAUCAUCGGUGGAUUUGAGGCUUACCUGGGACUGCUCGAGCUGUCAGCUGCCCGGGACAAGUACGAGGAGCUCUGUGUCCCUAUGGUUAUGGUCCCCGCCACGGUCUCCAACAAUGUGCCGGGCUCCGAUUUCAGCAUCGGCGCAGACACCGCUCUGAACACCAUCACCGACACAUGUGACCGCAUCAAACAGUCGGCCAGUGGGACCAAGCGCCGCGUGUUCAUCAUCGAGACCAUGGGGGGCUACUGCGGCUACCUGGCCAACAUGGGGGGGCUCGCCGCUGGAGCCGAUGCUGCCUACAUUUUUGAGGAGCCGUUUGAUAUCCGAGACCUGCAGUCCAACGUGGAACACCUGACGGAGAAGAUGAAGACCACCAUUCAGAGGGGACUCGUGCUCAGGAACGAGAGCUGCAGCGAGAACUACACCACGGACUUCAUCUACCAGCUGUACUCGGAGGAGGGCAAGGGCGUGUUCGACUGCAGGAAGAACGUGCUGGGCCACAUGCAGCAGGGUGGAGCGCCUUCACCCUUUGAUAGAAACUUUGGAACCAAAAUCUCUGCCAGGGCCAUGCAGUGGAUCAGCACGAAACUGAAAGAGGCUCCCGGCAAAGGUAGGGAGCGGUGGCUGUGGGUGGGGACGGCCACGCCCUCUGGGACCACGCUGCAUUGCUAUGUGGCUUUCAAGGCUGUCAUUCAGAGUGACCCUAAAGGCAGUGCUUUUUUGCUCCUGCUCGUCGGUGGCGGGAGGCACUCCGUAGUCCAGUGCCGUCCUCCUUGAAUCGAGGAUGCUGCCCAUACACUAGGCUCCCCCAGCAGGACCCUAGAUGUGACCUUCCCUUGUCUUUGGCCACACGGCACACUCUGAACUGGCCUUGACUUAGGACACCUAGGACUUACGGAUUCUUCAUGACCUUUCUUUUCAGAGAAAACAGGAAGUGGCAGGUGUCGGGACGGUUUGCUCCUUCCAAACCUAGCCUUUCUUCCCGCACAUUUCCCUCCCUCCCCACCAGAGGCAGCCUCGGAAUUGCAGAAUCCUUCUGCUUUCCCGUAGUCCUGCCACCUCAGGGACACCUUCACAGGCCCCUGUGGUUUACGUGAAUGGAAGCCGACAGCGUGCAUUUCCCUUUGCUGGGGUGUUGAUGUGCACCCGGCUGGUGUUCCUGACCCUUGGCCCGCAUCCCGGCGUCCCCAACCACAGGCUCACCUGCAGCGCAUGCAGUCUCCUUGGUCCUGCCCGCGUGACAUGUGACCUGUCCCUGUUGGGCUGUCGCUGUCACGGGGGCAGCUCCACUGUGGCUUUGAGGCGAACCUUCCAAAGCGAGGAGGGGAAGACAGCUUCCCUCGUGCUUCCUUCAGGGUCCCGCUGCUUCCCUGAGUUCUUCCGGCAUUUUGCCUGCUUUUCUAUUGCUUAGUAACACUUACCUUA